CAGAUCCUCUGUCGGAAGAAAACAAAGCCAGUUAACAUUGGAAUUCGAUGUACUAGCAUUGGAAAUCUCUACGACGGUACGAUUUACAAUAUUAAACGACAUAAGAUAAGCCAUUUUUAGAGUGAAAAAUUGGACGAUCUUAAAGCUCUACUCAUGAUUCAUCAAUAUUGAAGCAUCUUUGACACUUCAUAAGGAUGGCUAGUUGUGGAGAGGUUGACCACUCUGUUAACUCACUUCCAUCCAGUAAGAAGGGCAGCAGCAGUGGUGGUGGAAGUGGCAGCAGUGCAGAAUCAUCGUGUUCUGGCUCCACCAACCCGUCCCCGGCGCUUUCCGUCCCAGAGUGUGCCAUUUGUCUGCAGAGCUGUGUCCACCCUGUCCAGCUACCAUGCCAACACAUCUUCUGUUUCCUGUGCGCAAAGGGUGCAUCUUGGCAGAGCAAACGCUGUGCUCUCUGCAGACAGGAAGUACCAGAAGACUUCCUGGAAAGGCCUACACUUCUCUCUCCAGAGGAGCUGAAAGCGUCGGCUGGCGGUCGGGGUGGGGCAUCGAGCGAUCAUGCUUGGUAUUAUGAGGGCCGUAAUGGUUGGUGGCAAUAUGAUGAGCGCACCAGCCGUGAGCUGGAGGACGCUUUCUCUAAAGGCAAGAAGACGGCAGAGAUGUUGAUCGCCGGCUUUCUGUAUGUAGCUGACUUGGAGAACAUGGUGCAAUACAGGCGCAAUGAGCACGGCCGGAGACGCAAAAUGAAGAGGGAUGUUUUAGAUAUCCCUAAAAAGGGAGUGGCUGGGCUGCGAUUGGACACAGAGGGGGUAAGUGGAGCCAUGGGGGUGGCAAAUCGAGAGAACUCUGCUGAUGGAGCCGACAUCACAAUAACAGGCUUACAGCAGCCGAUUACAGGAAUCCCUUUUAUUGCCACAGCCCCCUCAGCUCCUGCCCGGCCUCCCACCUCCCUCGGGGCUCAGGCUGACCCCAGUAUUAGCUCUGCUUUGGAAGAGACACUUUCCCAGUUGCACAUCAGUCCCAGGCCAACCCCCUCUCAUGAGCGAUCUGAAGCCGGGGAAGGAGAAGAAGAAGAGGAGGAGGAAACGACAACGUCCAGGUCUUCUGGUCCUCCCAACUUUGUGGAUCAGUCUGGCUCCGGAGAUUUGAGUAAUGACGAAGAGGAAGAGGAAUAUGGUGAGAGUGUGGGGCCCCGGGGCGACCAGCCUUGGAGACAAAGACUUUCUCCAGAGGAUGGAGAAGCUCCUCGAUCAGAGUCUGCCUCUUCUUCAUCCAGUAACAGCGAAAGGUCAAGAAUGCCUGAUGGCCAGUGUACAAAAUUGUAAAUAAUACCACCCAAUGCUAAAUGGUUAUGUUCCUGUUCCAUUAGUUUAUUUCCCACUUCAUGCCGCUUGUCCUUGGUUACAAAUCUAACAGGGAUGAAUGGUUUGGUACAGAAGAAUUGAGAUAAAGGGUUUUGUUUUUUUUCAUAGUCUGUGAACCUCUGGACUGUGAGUUUCAUUCUAAAUCUAUUUUAGCAUCACUGAAAUGAAGGUAAAGCUGAGGAAAGUGAUUUAAAAUAUUAAAACAUUCAUUCUCUUGUGUCACAGCAAGCUGUUAUAUUGAUAUUUAUUAUUUAAAGAAAACAAAACUGAGAGCUUUUAGUUCUCUUGGUCACAUCUGUGACUUGACACAACAGAAGGCAUGAUGGGAAGUUUAUUUCUGGAAAUGGAACAGAGUCAUUUGAAUGAAUGGCUGCAUUGUAAACGUGUACAAUUUAACUCUCUCAGCUAACAUAGCACGCAGAAACAGACUCAUCCCAGCUUAAGUCAUCUCACCACUCUUACUAAUGAUUUCAUCCUUGAAAACUUCAAACCUUUCUUUAAAAAAAAUCUGAAACUGUCAAUCUUUGAACAUGUUUUAUUUUGGAGCUGGUUGUGUUUUGAUGGAAAUGUUUAAGUGGUUUAGCACAGAUGGAGAAAAAAUGACAUGUGGGUGUUUUUAGAUUGAACUCAGAAGGAAACACACUGUGUGGACCCUCUUUAAUUGGAAUUUAAGUAAACAUUUAGAAAAGGUUGAGAAUCAUGUUUAAUUGUUCACACUGGUACUACUAAUCCAACCUUUAAAAUCCAACCUUUAAAAUUUGCCUUUUAAUGUGAUUCAUUCUUGUUUUUUCCUUUCAACGCUGAAUCGCCUGUAGCUUCGGUGAAUCUUUGGAAGAGCUUUUGGAGUUUUGUGAUUUGUGCGUGUUUGAAGAGAGAGUUAUUUAACAACUGCUAGCUGGCAGGACUUUCGGCUUUCAUGUCCUUCGGGUUUAGUUUGACUAAAUAUUUGUAUUUCAUUUGCAAAUUGGUUUUACGUCCUGUCAUGGCUGAUGUCUGAAGGAGGUGACCAACAGUGAUAUGCCAUUGGUCUCGGCCAUUUUGCAAAAAAAAAAUCAAGUGGUUAUUUUUGUAAUUUGAAAUCAUCUGCUCAGUUUUAGAUUUUCCAUUCUGAAGAAUAAAGUUUGUGUAACGGUU